GUUGAUGCCAUAUUUAUUGUAAAAAAAAAAAAAAAAAAACGUCCUUGUGGACGUUUCGUGUGACGUCAACGCGCAGCAGCGUGGAGCGGUGACGUUGACGGAAAGUGAGAGACGUUUGGACAACGUGUUGCUGAUAUUGUUAGAGACCAGGGUUGUCCUCAUGGCUCUUAAUAAAUCCAUGCAUCCUCGGAACCGGUACAAGGACAAACCUCCAGACUUCGCCUACCUGGCCUCCAAAUACCCGGACUUCCAGCAGCAUGUCCACACCACUCUCACAGGAAGACCUGUUGUGAAUUUCAAAGAGCCGGAAGCGGUACGAGCGCUGACCUGCACUCUGUUGAAGGAGGACUUUGGUUUGACCAUCGAGAUCCCUCUGGAGCGCCUCAUCCCCACUGUCCCUCUGCGCCUCAACUACAUCCACUGGGUGGAGGACCUUAUCGAUGGACAGAAGCAGCCACACAGGGGCAUCGACAUCGGCACCGGAGCGUCCUGUAUAUAUCCCUUACUGGGAGCCACAAUGAAUGGCUGGUACUUCCUCGCCACAGAGGUGGACGAUAUCUGCUUCGACUACGCGAAGAAGAACGUGGAGCAGAACAACCUGUCUGACCUGGUUAAAGUUGUAAAAGUCCCGCAGAAGACUUUACUGAUGGACGCCUUAAAAGAAGAGACAGAAAUUAUUUAUGACUUUUGCAUGUGUAAUCCACCUUUUUUCGCCAAUCAGCUAGAGGCAAAGGGGGUGAACUCCAGGAACUCCCGAAGACCUCCGCCCAGUUCAGUGAACACGGGUGGGGUAACCGAGAUCAUGGCGGAGGGCGGCGAGCUGGAGUUCGUCAAGAGGAUCAUUCAUGACAGCCUGCAGCUGAAGAAACGGCUGCGGUGGUACAGUUGCAUGUUGGGGAAGAAAUGCAGCCUGGCACCUUUGAAAGAAGAGCUGAGGAAGCAAGGGGUGCCCAAAGUGACCCAUACAGAGUUCUGCCAGGGACGGACCAUGAGGUGGGCACUGGCCUGGAGUUUCUAUGACGAUGUAAAUGUCCCGUCUCCUCCCAGUAAGAAGCGUAAACUGGAGAAGGCCCAGAAACCGCUGUCAUUCAUGCUACCAGAGGCAGGUGUGAAGGAGCUCCGGACCAAGGCCUCAGCUGCAGGCUGCAGAGGCAGCAGUUCUGUAGACAGCAUCGCUGCCCUGCUGGAAAAAACGCUCACUGAGCUACGGGUGCUGCAUGAGCGUGUCCCCUGCAGACAGCAGGAGCGGAGUCUCUUUCUGACUGCUGUGGAGAACACCUGGAUCCACGGUCGACAGAAGAGGCGGGAACAGACACGCCAGCUGCGAGAGCUUCCCAGGGCGCCUCCCAGUACUGGAACCAGUGUACAAACCAGUGUGGCCACAGCUACUCUUGUUUCCACCCAAAACCAGCAGGUCUCCACAGCAAACGGAUCAGCUGACAUCAAGGGCAGAACUGUUUCUUCAAAGGAGUCGAGUACAGAAACUGAGACCAAGGCUGGAGGAGGAGGAGAAGAAGACGAAGAAGAAGGGGUGCCGGCAAAUGCAGGGGGUGAGGAUGUGGACAUGGAUUCCUCCGUCUGCGCUGAACCAGGACAGGAAGCGGACGUGAAAACUCCUGCUGCUGGAAGCGCCGGUGACACCGGACGGCCCCGGACCCCCAGCGGAGUCGAGCACUUUCUGUUCAAGUGUCUGCUCAACGUGAUUCCAGAGGGAAGCGACGUAGGGAUUGAGAUGCACUGGGUCGAAGGUCAGAACAAAGACCUGAUGAAUCAGCUGCGUACAUAUCUCAGGAACACACUUUUAAAAUCUGUGGGGAAGGUCUGAUGUUCAGGGAGACAGGAGCUGCUCUCAGAGUGUUCUGUUCAGACUUUAAACACUGAAGUAUUGAUGUAGAAAUUAUUUCUACUGUUUUAUAAAAUGGAAAACUGCUUCAAGUUGGUAAACAUCAUUUUAGAUCAUUCUUUGUUGCUAGUUUACCCUUUAAGGUAAUUUGUACUAUUAAAGCAGAUAAUCUGUCCAAACAGAAUAAAUGUAGUUUUUUUAUAAAA